CAAACUAAAAGAUCGCUGAGUCACCGAGUCACUGACCCAGGUCUAUUCUGUGAAAAAAACAUUUUUUUAUUUUUAUUUAUUCUUACGGUAAAUCAGUCGACUCUCUAAAAUUAUUUGUUUGUAUAAGCUAAUUUGGAAGAUCGAAUCCCCCCGUCUCUCUGGAACCCGCGAAAUUUCUGAAAGGCUUAAAUUGAGCUGAGUGGAAUACUUAAAAUGGGGGUCGAUACUGAUACAGUUAAAGAUGGAUCUACUUCUAUUGAAAUUGCUAACACUGGUGAAAUGGAGUCAGAAUCAAAUAACAUUGAUUCACUUGAAGUUAUCUCGUCUAGUGAAGAUAUUACCCAACAGAUAAGAAAUGCUGCAGAGAUUUUGACGACGCUCGAACUAGAUUUAGCACGUUCCUCAGAAAAGUUGGUUAACUUAGCCUUACUUGUUAUGUAUGUCGAAGCAAGGGAAGAUGAUUUCGAGGCUUUUGUUUCGGAUGAAAAAUAUACGCCUGCAGGUUCUGAUGAAAAGGCACUUGAAUUCGAUCUUUUAUCUGAGAUUCUGGACUCUGAGGUCAAAGAGCUGAGUAAUUUUCUAUCCUCUCUUCAGAAGGAGAUUCUAAGUUCCCAAGGGGUUAUAUCUUCAUUUGAGCAGUUUGAUGAAGCUUUUAAGGGAAUGGAAGAAAAGUUUUAUGAUUGUGAGGAAUACUUGAAGCAGUGUUUUGAGCGGGUCACAGCAAUACAGUUACAAUCUUCCAGCUUCAAAAGGAUCUCGUUGACCUCUGCCAGCGAUGAAAACUGGAAGGACAAUAAAGAGGUGGUGAGUUUUGAGAAUGGUGAUCUUUUACGCAAAAAUACAAAGAUAAAAAUGAAGACCGUGGAAGAGCAGAGGAAAAUUUUGCAGAUGCUUGAGAAGUCUUUGGCCAGAGAAUUAGAUCUUGAGAAGAAGCUCAGUGAGUGUACACAAAUUGAAGAAAAUUUAAAUAUUAAGCUGCAACAAGAAGUUUACUGCAUAGAAGAAGAAGUUGAAGCUACCUCGGAAAGAUUGUUUGAGGCAGAAAAUGCUGCUGAAAUCCUGUCUGAGAUUUCGAAAGAUUUACUGGGAAGAGUCCAGAUUUUACAGUUUAAUCUUAAUGGUUCAAUCCAGAGAGAAGAGGAGUUGAGAUCUAAAUUUCAAGAUCUAAAUGAACUGUUGAAAGAUAAAGACCAUGCUUUGCAGAACUCAGAGAGCAUCAGGAGUGAACUGUUGGAAAAGGUGACUUCACUCGAACAGAAACUGAAAGAUUUUGAGUCUCACUUGAAUACAGUGAACAAUUGUAGCGUCAAAAACGGAGAGUUAUCCUCUAAGAUUCUUGAAAAUGAAAAUAUAGUUAACAAAUGGAAGGUAAAAGCUUAUGAUGCAGAACAGAGGUCUGCAAGUGCCGAAGCUGAGUGUAAAUUGCUUAGAGAGUCUAAUGUGGAGCUUAAUAAAGAUCUUUGUAUCCUUAAGAGUAGCAUUACUAUUUCAGAGGAGAGAGUGGAAGAGCUUGAGAGGAAGUUGAAGGACUCCGAAAUUAAGCGACAGCAUGCUGUGGCAUUUGUUGAAGCUAGUCAGGAGAAGCAAAGCAUGUUAGAUUGCACAAUCAAGGAUAUGGAAAAUUUAAUAGAAAGUCUGAAAUCGAAGGUGUCAAAAGCUGAACGUCACACUGAGAGUGCUGAAGAAAAAUGUAUCAUAUUGUCAGAGUCAAAUGCCGAUCUCAGCGAAAGAAUAAAAUUUCUAAUGAGUAGAACAGAAGACUUGGAGGCAUCUUUACAUCAGGCUGAGGAAGCAAAAAAGGAAACUGCAAAGGACAUUGGUGUUCGCACCAAAUUUAUAUCAGAUUUAGUUGUGCAGUUGGCUCUUGAAAGAGAACGCCUUCAUAAGCAGAUUUUAUCAAUAGUGGAGGAUAAAAAAAUUGCAGUAAAGCAUUCGCGAGAAAUGUGUGAGAAUCCCACAGUUACAACAACUGUGAAUUCCCAAGGAAAUACCAAUGAAUCUUUACUUUCCAAGAAUGACUCUAGAAAUGCAACUCCUGCUGAAGAAAGUGAAGAGCAAAUAACCGAGUCUUUAGCUACCAGUCAUGAGAUGAGCAAUAAGCUUGCAGACACGCCUACAAGUGAGGCAAAGAUGGAGCGUAAUGAUUCCACAUCCAAGCUCGUGACAGUAAGGAACAUAGACGCAAACAUGCUCAACUUCAAAAUAGUUGGAAAGAAUUCGGAAGUUUGUCACAGCUGCAGGCUUAAGGGCCAUUUUUUUGACGAUUGCCCGACAAAGCGCAGAUGCCCAAGGUGUAACAACGGUUUUCAAAAGUGUUUUAAGGUUGAACGGAAUACUCCAAACAAAGGAAAAUUCUUCAAUUGUUGCAAUCACAAAUGCGGAUUUUGGGAGUGGUGCAACAUUGGGGAAUCAAGCGGUGAUUAGAGUGACGUUAGCCUCCCAGAAAUCGACGAUAUGUCAUGCAUGUUCCAAUCCCAAGUUCGGCUGAAAGACGAAUAAGAAACCCACAUAUCCCUGAACGUGACAAUCCGCAAUAAGUGAAAUGUUGAUUAGUAAUUAGUAACGGAAGGAGUUGUGGUUAUUAGUACGAGUUGGGUUCUUAUCUAUUUCUGUGUAUUGGUUAGUAGUUUCGGUAUGUUAAUUUGUAGCUAUUUAAAUGUGUAAUGGAUAUUGAAGCGAAAGUGUAAACUAGUGGUUGGUAUGGUUAAUUUGUAGCUAUUUCAAUGUGUAAUGAAUAUUUGUAGCUAUUUUCAAUGUGUUGCUUAAUUUAUAAUCACAGUUUUCGUAA